AUGGCGUCGAAAAAAGCGGUUACAGUGCUGCGUCCAGCCCUCAAUGCCACUGGACCACGACUUUUGAGGGCAGAAUUCAAGCACACGGCGCAGUUCUCGUCAAGAUCCCGUGUCAGCCGAGUGGGAGCCUCACAACCCCGCAAGGUCGUCGCCAUAGAAUCACAACUACUACAUGUUCGCUUUGCCUCGUCAGAGGUAGGAGAGAAACAGCAGGGACCCAGUAGGACUGGGCUGUAUGAUUUGCAUAGCAAGUAUGGCGCCAAGUUUGUGCCCUUUGGCGGUUAUGAUAUGCCAGUGCAGUAUAGCGAUUUGAGCAUCAUUGAUUCGCACAAUUGGACGCGCGAAAAAGCAAGCUUGUUCGAUGUCGGUCACAUGGUUCAACAUCACUUCUCUGGACCAGGCGCUGAAGCCUUCCUCGAGAGCAUCACUCCGUCCUCCCUGUCCACACUUCCAGAGCGCCAAUCCACCCUCUCCACCUUGCUACAUCCUGGAACAGGCGGUAUUGUAGAUGACACCGUAGUCACACGCCUACCAGGUAAAUUCUACGUUGUCACCAAUGCUGGUUGCCGGGAAAAGGACACGGCCUACUUCAAAGAGCAGCUCGAAGCCUGGAAAUCAGCGCACCCAGACCAGCCCGUUGACUGGAAAAUCCUCGAUGGCCAAGGACUCAUCGCCCUCCAAGGCCCCUUAUCAGCCGAGAUCCUCGCUCGCGUGCUAGAAGAGAAGUCCAAAGCCGACUUGAAAUCUCUCUACUUUGGCCAAUGCAGCCCCGCGACUAUCAAAGGAACCGACGCAGAAGUCCUCGUCAGCCGUGGCGGCUAUACAGGCGAAGACGGUUUCGAAAUCAGCAUUCCUCCCUACGCCACAGAAGCCAUCACACAGUUCCUGCUCGACUCCUCAAAAGACGAGCUUCGCCUCGCUGGUCUAGGCGCGCGCGACACCCUCCGUCUAGAAGCGGGCAUGUGUCUCUACGGCCACGAUCUUGACGACACCACCACACCUGUCGAAGCGGGCCUCUCUUGGAUCAUCGGCAAGGAUCGCCGCGAAAAGGGCGGCUUCCACGGCGACUCAGUCAUCCUGCGCCAACUUAAAAAGAAGUCAGAAGGCGGCGGCGUGUCACGGCGGCGCAUUGGUCUCAUCAUUGAUGGCGCGCCUGCGCGCGAAGGCGCAAAGAUUGUCAACGAUGCGGGCGAGGAAAUUGGGAGUAUCACGUCCGGGUGUCCCUCGCCGACACUGAAGAAGAACAUCUCAAUGGGAUAUAUCAAGGAUGGCAUGCACAAGGCUGGAACCGAAGUACAGGUUUUGGUCAGGGGAAAGAAGAGAAAGGCGGUGGUGACGAGGAUGCCGUUUAUUCCUAGCAAGUACUUUAAGCAGCCUGCAAAUAUCAAGGCUUAG